AUGGCCUCCAACGCAAACAACACAUCCGCCCAGCCCUCGUUGGUGCACGGUCACGUCCAGUAUGUCAAAGGCGCUGUGGAGGAAACCGUCGGCUCGAUGCUGAACGCCCCCGCAUGGACCGAAUCCGGCAAGAACGACAAAGCCCUCGGCGAAGCUGAGAUGCGCGCCGCCGACCAAUCCACGCAAGCUACCCGCGACGCAUCGAACGCCAGCCGCGAGAACAAGUCUCUGUUGGAGAAGGAAGGGCAGGCGGAAGGCCUUGCUGGGCGGGCCGCAUUCUGUCCUGGGAUGCAGAAGCAUGGCGAGGAGAAGGUUGCUGCCAGCCACCAGAACACAUUGUAA